AUGUUCCAGUCUUUCACAGGAAAUGCUCGCCGCCCUAGGCAGGUCAACCUCAGUGGACGAUCGAAUAAUCCUUUCGCUGCAUUCCCCGGUGGAUCGUCUAGCCGCUCAGCCCCUCAUGCGACGAACCCUGAAAGUGCUGUUGCAAAUGCUCAGCGGGAGCGAGCUCUCAGACAACUCGAAAGAAACCGACAAACCGCAUCUAGGACCGUGCAGCGUGUCUGGCGGGGAUAUCGAAGCCGAAUGACAACCCAUAAGAGCUGGAAGUUGGAGUGGGAUACAUAUGAGUGGAAUAGGGUCAGCCAUACCCUGGGAGCUCCCGGUGACGGUGCUUCGAUGACAGAAUUUGAACGCCUGGAAUGCCUAUUGAGCCUUGCAGUGCCACCAUAUUUCACAGCAGAGCAAUGUCUAGGCCAGCUCAGGCUCCUGGUCCAGUUUGUGGGAUCUGUAAAGAGACGAGAAGAUGUUCUACGGCUGGUAUAUUUCUGCAACGUAUUUGAACAGACCUUCCAUGCUCUUCCUACCAUCGCCACCGAGGGCGAAUGGACCGAACUUUUGAAACGGUUGGCGCUCGCUAUUCUCAAUGCACUCGGCUCAGCAACAGCAACCGCAACCCACGGGGCGGCCGUGUUGCCUCUCCUUCGGACGCUAGCCUACCUGGUCGAGCUGAUCCCAAAGCGAAUGGCAGCAAGUGCGAAAUCUUAUUACCAAGCGAUGGCGAGUCUGACAAGAAGCAUUGUGGCUUUAGGUGACAAUAUUUCAUCGAGCCAGAUAAUCAACGCCGUGAUAGCCCUGCUUCGACCCAUUACUUCCGAAACCAUGACAGCCUACGAGGCAUUUGCCAUGUCAUAUUUGACCAUCCCAAACUUGCCUGGCUAUCUCGGUCAGCUCGACGAGCUAGCACAAGAAAUCAACUAUAAAGUGCUGGCGUCGGCAAUUGAGUCCUUGGUACUUCCCGCUGAAAAGGAUUUCCUAGCCGGGAACCCCGAGGCUCAAUCUUGGCUCCUUUCAUAUUUGAUAUUCUUUCAUCGUUAUGCUCUUCCAGGGCAGGCUAAUCUCAAAACUCCCGAUCUUGGGUUCUUGACUGUGGUGUCUGGGUUGCUCAACCUCACAUCUAGCCAUCUCACGCGGUGCCUGGACGCAGAAGAGUCAAGUGAUGAAGAUUCCACCCAAGGCCCCCAAUUGCAUCCAUUCAUUAAAGACCAGAUUUCUAGCCUUGUCAACCAGAGCAGCAUCACAGGGUUGCUUUCGCGUAUCAAAACAACAGACUUGUCCCAGAAAGACCUGUCAAACAGCGAGUCGGGCGCUACAAGAGAAGCGAAAAUUCUUGCGACAUAUGCUCUGAACUUAUUAAGGGUGUUUCCUCGACGUGGCGAUGACAUUCGCAUGUGGUUGUACAUGGGUUCAGCGCCGUUGGGAGAUCAAAUUCCAGGACAACCAGGUACUAAGAUACCGGCAAUCAAAUACUUCUGGCAGGCAUCUAGAUCAAGUCAGAUCUUCAACAUCAUCAGCAACGAUUGGUCCAAGGUUCUUGCACUUUUGCAGCUUCAGAAACAUGGCGAUGGGCGUGUCAAUGUUUCGCAGGAGGAUCGAGACCAGGAAUGGACGAUCAUCCUUUUGUUCUUCGAGCUCUACACAUUUUUGCUAAAAGUCAUGGACGACGAAGAGUUCUUCUCAAGCGCUUCGCCAUUUGCAGCUUCGGACGAUGCACAUUCUUCGUGGACGAAAGAGAGUGCGCUUCCACUCCAAGAUAUCAAAGACAUGACGGUGUUUCUCAAAAACCUUGCCUUCACUCUCUACUGGAAUCUUGCCGACUUGACGGGCAAGCCCGAUUCUACGCCUUCCAGUGGCGACCUGAGGAACUAUUUCACAAACGCGACGCAACCGUCUGUAGCCUCAGAACGCCAGGAAGCAGAAGCUAAGGAGCAAUCUAAUGAUCUCCCUGGCGUGACAGGGAUUCCCCUCGACUACUUCAAGGGCCUAGUGACAGGUCUACUGAGAAUGCUACAUGAGCGAGAUUCACGACGGAAAUUCCUUCCUCCAGAUCAUUGGUUCAUGACAGAUCGAUUUGAUAUGGAAGGCUUCAUUCCCGCCGUCGUAGCCGAGGAGGAGAAACGACAUGAGUUCCAAGAUGACGAGGAUGAUGCCGAGACUGAUCUCUUGGACGAUGAGACCCGAGCCGAAUCUCAUCUUGUCGGUAACAGUCGUGCCCGGCAACUGGUUCGCCUCCAAGCUAUGCGAGAUCGACAACAAAAGGCCGCACGAGGAAAGGCCCUCGCGCUUAUUGCACCAAGGCUUGAGAUCCUUCGCAAUAUGCCCUUUUUCAUUCCAUUUGCUACUAGGGUCCAGAUAUUCCGCCAGUUCAUCUUCAGAGAUCAACAACGACGUCGAAAAGGCUAUGUUGACCCCGAGUCUUGGCGCCUUUCUGUGGCACAGAGUUCCAUGAUGAGCGGGCCAGUAGAUGGCGCGGAUAUUUUGGCCCGCCACCACGCCGACAUCAGACGGGAGAGUGUAUUUGAUGAUGCAUUCUCCCAAUUCUAUGCCCUGGGUGACGGGUUGAAAGAACCAAUCCAAAUCAGCUUCAUAGAUCAGUUUGGAGCAAUGGAAGCUGGCAUUGAUGGCGGUGGAGUGACAAAGGAAUUCCUUACUAGUGUCACAUCACAGGCCUUCAAGACCGAUGACAUGGAAAGCAUGUUUGCAGAAAAUGACCAUCAUUUGCUGUACCCACACCCUGCAGCAGUCGAUCAGCGCAAAGCGAUACUCAAUGAAGCUGGUCUGUCAAGUUCAAGCGGUAUGUGGCAGGACGAAGUGCGUGAUCUCCUUCGACGAUACGAGUUCCUUGGCCGAGUAAUCGGCAAAUGUCUUUACGAAGGGAUUCUUGUUGAUGUCAACUUUGCGCCAUUUUUCCUCUUGAAGUGGGCUUUGACGGGGGGAACUAGAUCGGCCGUGAAAGAGUCAUCUUACCGCGCCAAUCUAAACGACCUGAAGGACCUCGAUGAGGGGUUGUAUCAAGGGCUGGUGAGUUAA